AUGGAGGAGCUACAGAGGAAACUGGACCAACGCUACGAGACCACCAAUCCCAGGAAGGUGCGGUUCAAGUUGGCGUCUUCGUACAGCGGCCGGGUGCUCAAACACGUGUACGAGGAUGGCCAGGAGCUGGACAGUCCUGCGGAGAAGUACCCUCACAGUUUUGUCCACAGGAAAAUCCCACCCAGCCACCUGGAAAUGGACCAGUACUGCGGCUUUGAAGACGGGUCCGGGGGAGACCACCAGGGAACCUACCCCCCCACAGGCCUCAUCGCACACAGGAUAAACGUGUACAGAGGAGUGGGGAGCUACAAGGCGGCUCCGGGCCAGAGCGGAGCCGACGAGGGAGACGCCAAAAAAACAAUGUUGGACUUUGGCAAAAUCAUCAUAUACACCAGUAAUCUACGCAUCAUUCGAGCACCUCCCCGAAAACCUGAGCCAGAGAGACCGCACGGAGCACCCGCUGGGGAGAAGGACGGGCACCCAAAGGCCAAAGAGAGGGGCAGCGGCAGCAGGAGGAGGAGAGCGGCCAGCAGCGCCCAGCCAUCACAGGAGAAAGAGGAGAAACACGCAGAGGGCAAGGACUCCGACAGCUGUCAGCAGUGUGGGGGCUCCGGCUGCGCUCCCUGCUCCCUGUGUCACGGCAGUAAGCUCUCCAUGUUGGCCAACCGCUUCAACGAGUCCAUCAGUGACCUGCGCUGUCAGGCCUGCUACCCCCUCGGCCUGGAGAGGUGCCAGUCCUGCUCUGCAAAGUAG